GUUGCGGCUCGGCGACCACAGAGUCUCGCGCCACAGCCUAGAGAGGCGCCGCCCCGCCCUUCCCCCUCCUCCCCCGGCGAGGCCUUUCCGGCGCGGCGCUUCCGCCUCGCGCUGGCACCUGAGAAGGAAGGAAAAAUAAAGCUGGAGAGGGGGCAGCGGCGCUGCCGCUCCGGCCCGUUCUCCCCUCCUCCUCCUGCGCCUGCCGCCCCGAGGCUGCAGCGUCGCCGCCGCAGGUAUGUCAGAACACAGCAGUGAAUCCACAACACUUGAUGAGUCUCAUCCAGCUGCAGAAGAGGUCCAGUCUGACUCUGAGGGAGGUGCAAUGGCUCAAGAGUCACCCAAAAAUUCAGCAGCAGAAAUUCCUGUGACUAGCAAUGGACAGCUGGAAGAUUCUCAUGAGCACAGCUUUAACAGGGACUUGAAACGUUCAUUACCAGUUGGACUUGGACUUUCUGAAACCAAAAUAACUUCUCAUGACUUUGACAGCACCAAAGAAGGAGUUGUUGAGGCAGGACCAUUUCCAGGUAAAGGUUCCUCAGCAUCACCCAAAUCAUCUGUUAUAUCUCCUAGCAGUGCAGCAGCUAGCAGACUGGCUGGACAAGGUUGCGAUUUAAUUAUUCCCGCAGGGGGCAAAGCUCAGCAGAAGAGUGGACCUGUUGUGUUAGCAGAGGAAGUAAAGAAUCCAGCAAUGGAGAAAUUGGAAUUGGUGAGAAAGUGGAGCUUAAACACUUACAAGUGUACACGUCAGAUCAUCUCUGAAAAAUUGGGUCGUGGCUCAAGAACAGUAGAUCUGGAACUAGAAGCUCAGAUAGAUAUAUUGAGAGAUAACAAAAAAAAAUAUGAAAAUAUCUUGAAACUGGCACAGACGCUGUCCACGCAGCUCUUCCAAAUGGUACAUACCCAAAGGCAGCUGGGAGAUGCAUUUGCUGACCUGAGUUUGAAAUCAUUGGAACUUCAUGAGGAGUUUGGCUACAAUGCAGAUACACAGAAAUUUCUUGCUAGAAAUGGAGAAACUCUUCUCGGGGCAAUUAACUUUUUUAUUGCCAGUGUGAAUACAUUGGUGAAUAAAACAAUUGAGGAUACAUUAUUGACUGUGAAACAGUAUGAAAGUGCCAGGAUUGAAUAUGAUGCCUAUAGAACAGACCUAGAAGAGCUGAAUCUUGGCCCUCGUGAUGCAAACACUCUGCCAAAGAUUGAGCAAUCACAACAACUGUUUCAAGUGCAUAAAGAGAAAUACGACAAAAUGCGUAAUGAUGUAUCUAUCAAAUUGAAAUUUUUGGAAGAAAACAAGGUCAAGGUAUUGCACAAUCAGCUCGUUCUGUUCCACAAUGCUAUUGCAGCAUAUUUUGCUGGGAAUCAGAAGCAGCUUGAACAGACACUUAAACAGUUCCACAUCAAAUUGAAAAAUCCUGGAGCAGAUGCCCCAUCCUGGCUUGAAGAACAGUAAUCACAUCAGAGAA